UCUGGACUGAGUCUUGGCACUUGUUCUUGAACCUUUGGACAGUGGAGGUCAGUGUUGUGAAGAUGAGUUUGGUAGGAGGAUACUCGAUGCCGCAGACUUACGGCCAUGCCACGAUGGGGCACACACCUUCCCCUGAGGCACUAUACUCGCCUUACUACUCCCACCCGAGUCCCCCCGGGCAGGCGCUGUACCCAGGCUGGGGCUAUUCUCCCCCAGGCUACUCUCCAGGGUAUUCGUCCGAGGUAGCCGUAGCCUGUCAGGAAUAUGGCGUGUCCGGAGGCUUUGUCGUGGGUCCCGGUUCCCCCCACGACCUCGGGGGCGACUACACGAUCGAAAUGGUGGACGGCUGCGGCCGCGUGGUGAAGCGAAGGUCGUCGGCCAACAAGAAGGAGCGUCGGCGCACCCAGAGCAUCAACAACGCCUUCGCGGAGUUGCGCGAGUGCAUCCCCAACGUCCCGGCCGACACCAAGCUCUCCAAGAUCAAGACGCUGCGCCUCGCCACCUCCUACAUCGCCUACCUGAUGGAGGUCCUGCACACGGAGGACUCCAACCCCGCCCCCCCGCCCGAGCCCUUCCGCGCCGACCUGCCGCCCAGAACCAGACCCUCGCAGCCCAUCCCCGCCGAGCACGAAAAGGUUGCCACCUCCGUCGCGCCCGCUUCCCUCUCCUCCAGCCCGGAGACCAAGCGUGGGCGUACAGGCUGGCCCCAAGAGGUGUGGGCGCAGGAACUGAAGAAGUAGUAGACACGCCCGCCACGUCCUCUGAAGAAAAGAGAGGGCGGCAAGAGAUAUAUUCCCUCAGUGUGAAAGAUUUUUAAUGCGAUAAGAACUAUUACUGAAUAACAAGAGGCUAAUGAUGAAAUGCUGAGCCAAGAUGAACUUUAAAAGAAAUGUACGAAACCUUAAGAUUAAUUAAGGUUAUAGCCUCAGCAAAAGUACUUAAGUGUUGUUUGUAACAUCCAAAAUAUCUGUCUAAGACAUCUUAUGAGAGACAGAGAGAGAAAAAAAAACACUGUAGAGAAGACCAUAUCUUUACAGCCCGUGUUCCUGAUGUAUAUAAGCAAUCAUAGGUUUAGAUUCACGAUCCCCACCGAAGACAGAACAUUCCAGAACGAAUCGAUACCAGAGUUCAAAAUAGCGGGACCACAAGCGCACCACUGAUACCUGGCUGCGUCCUCACUGCUCCUUCUUCCUUAUCCUCCCGCAUCGCCACGCAUCCCCAGCGCGGUUCGUAACCUGCGCCGGCGUGUCCACCCGGCAUGCCUGCACGAUGCACGAACACACAUGUUGCAGAGCUCGUGCCCUUGAUGCCCCCACACCUCCCUUCCGCCCACGCCCACAGCCCCACCAGCGUCGUCAGCAGCGUCGUCAGCAGCGUCGUCAGCAGCGUCGUCAGCAGUCACCAUGAAGAGAGCCGUCACCUUCCAAGUCGCCCGUGACACAAACAACUCACUUCCCCUUCGCUGGGAUUUUACUUCUUCGACUACAUGAGGCAAAGAACCGAAACGUCGAGGAUACUUGACAACGGCCCCAGACACAUCCCGCAGCGACCCUCCUUCUGGUACAAGCUGUCCAGCUGUUUCCACAGACGAUUCAGGGAAUUCUCCAAAUAAAGAAGGUCUUGACGAAGUUCUUUUCGUCUCUGGUUCCUGGUUUGCAAUUGCGCCGAGCAACAGCCACUGAUAGUCAGUUCACCAGAGCUCAUCAUGCAACAGAGGUCGCGGUCCCAAACACUUUUAUUUUGUUAUGUACUUAUUCAUUCCAAUUGGCUUGACUAUUUGAUCUUAUCGUAUCACAUUUAGAUGUAUUUAUUGAUUUUUUUAUUACGCAUGUAUGAGCGCCCGCCCUCAAUAUAGCUGUGGAAGCAUAUGUAAAGUUUUGGUUAAUUUCAUUUUUUUUUUUCGUUAAGACAGCAUAGACGAGUGUAAAAAAACAUCUUUAUCAUAAAAGAGUGUUUUUCAAAAUCAUUGCUGGCAUUGUAUCUUUUAAUUAUCACAUUUUUUCUCUUUUUUAGAAUGGGUGUCAGAACAGCUAUUAUUGAGAGGUUGUUAUUGUACAAACUUGUUCUUGUUAUUUGUAUAUUUUGAGAGUUUGGUCCAAGUGGUCCAUUCCCAUCCUAUCAUUUGGACGAAAGUUUCUUAUUUUAACGAAGUGGAUUUCGCAAAAUACAACGAACGUAGAUAACCAAGGGUUGCAACCACCUUGUCUCUUUCCCUUCCAUGGUAGACAGACACAUGGAAAACAGCGUGUGUGUAUUUGAUUUACUUAUGUACUUGUAGCGUAGGUCGUGAUAAGUAGAUAUUGAAAGGUCGAUGGGUAGAUAAUAAGUAGACAGGCCUUGUAAGGAACCGUCGAAAUGUUUUACUUCGGUGAGAGAUGCUCGCUACUUUAAGAAUGGGAAAUAAAUGUAUGUAUGUAUGAUGAAGUCUUGCCAUAAAUCAGGUAAUUAAUGUAAAUUAUUUACCUGUGUGAACAAUCAUGAUACCUCUUAUGUGGCCAAAAUAAUUAUAUUGGACGUAAAGAUUAUUUUAUUUUCUAUUGUACUGUAUUUCACAGACAUUCUCUUUGUUGACAUUUUAUGGUAAUUUUGAGUAUUAUAAUUAAAGAAUGGAACUUAAUUCCGACGUCAAAUAUUCACGGUACAUCCGAGUAGGCGAUCCAUUCCUAAAUCAUAAUCGACUGUGAAGUGCAUUCGAGGUGAAAACGCCUCGAAAUAUCCAGUGUACUUAAUUUUAAUCACUACGUCACUUAUUUUACGUCCUUCCCGCUU